UGACACGUUUGCUGUCAAACGUCAAACAUUACCUGUCCUGCUUCACUCGCUUGUGGCUUCCAAGUUCCACGAUUACAUUUUUAUAAUACUGUGUUUAGCUAUCGCGACAAUACUUUUUAAAUAAAACAUGCCAUUACGCCUGGACAUCAAGAGGAAGCUGACGGCGCGGAGUGACCGCGUGAAAUGUGUGGACCAGCACCCCACAGAGCCCUGGCUACUGUGUUCUCUGUACAGCGGGGAUGUCAAUAUAUGGAACUAUGAGACACACACACAGAUUAAAAGAUUUGAGGUGUGCGAUUUGCCCGUGCGGGCCGCAAAGUUUGUGCCCAGGAAGAACUGGGUCAUCACAGGCUCAGACGACAUGCAGAUCAGGGUGUUCAACUAUAACACAUUGGAGAGAGUGCACGCCUUCGAGGCGCACUCGGAUUAUGUGAGAUGCAUCGUGGUACAUCCCACACUGCCUUACAUAUUGACUAGCAGCGACGACUUGCUCAUCAAGCUGUGGAACUGGGACCGGGGCUGGGCCUGCCAGCAGGUGUUCGAGGGACACACGCACUACGUCAUGCAGGUCGUCAUCAACCCCAAAGACAACAACACCUUCGCCAGCGCCAGUCUCGACACAACUGUCAAGGUGUGGCAGCUGGGCUCCACCAUAUCCAACUUCACGUUGGAGGGACACGACAAGGGAGUGAACUGCGUCGACUACUACCACGGCGGGGACAAGCCCUACCUGAUAAGCGGCGCCGACGACCGACUGGUCAAGAUAUGGGACUAUCAGAACAAGACGUGCGUGCAGACUCUGGAAGGACACGCGCAGAACGUGACGGCGGUGUGUUUCCACCCGGAGCUGCCGGUGCUGCUGACGGGGUCCGAGGACGGCACCGUGCGGGUGUGGCACGCCGGCACCUACCGCCUCGAGUCCUCGCUCAACUACGGCUUCGAGCGCGUCUGGACUUUGUGCGCCAUGCACCGCUCCAACAACGUGGCCGUCGGAUACGACGAGGGCACCAUCAUGAUAAAAGUGGGCAGAGAGGAGCCCGCCAUAUCCAUGGACGUGAACGGAGGAAAGAUCAUUUGGGCGAAACACUCGGAGCUGCAGCAGGUGAACCUGAAGGCGCUGCCGGAGGGCGCGGAGCGGGCGGACGGGGAGCGGGUGCCGGUGGCUGCGAAGGAGAUGGGCGCGUGCGAGAUCUACCCGCAGAGCAUCGCGCACAACCCCAACGGGCGCUUCGUGGUGGUGUGCGGCGACGGCGAGUACAUCAUCUACACGGCGAUGGCGCUCCGCAACAAGGCGUACGGCGCCGCGCAGGAGUUCGUGUGGGCGCACGACUCCUCCGAGUACGCCACGCUCGAGUCCUCCGACACCGUCAAGGUCUUCAAGAACUUCAAGGAGAAGAAGACCUUGUCGCCCACGCUGGGCGCGGGAGGCAUCUUCGGCGGCUGCAUGCUGGGCAUCAAGUCCAUCAGCGGCGCCAUCUUCUCCUUCUACGACUGGGAACAUCUGGACCUGAUCCGGCGUAUCGAGGUGCAGCCGCGGCAGGUGUACUGGGCGGAGAGCGGCGCGCUGGUCUGUCUGGCGGCAGACAACAAGUACUACGUGCUGAGAUACGACGCCGCCAUGUUGGCCCGCGCCCGGGAGGACAACCUCGACGUCUUCGAGCAGGGCAAGGAGGCCUUCCAGGUGGUGGACGAGAUAAACGAGACGGUGAAGACGGGGCUGUGGGUGGGCGACUGCUUCGUGUACACGACGGCCGCCAACUGCCUCAGCUACUACGUCGGCGGCGACAUCGUCUCCCUGGCGCACCUCGACCGCCCCAUGUACAUCCUCGGAUACGUCGCCAAGGAGAACAGGCUGUACCUGAACGACAAGGAGCUGAACAUCGUGUCGUACGCGCUGCUGCGCUCGGUGCUGGACUACCAGACGGCGGUGGUGCGCGGGGACUUCGCGGCCGCAGACCGCGUGCUGCCCACCGUGCCCUACGACCAGCGCUCGCGCGUCGCACACUUCCUCGAGAAGCAGGGGUUCAAGCAGCAGGCGCUCGCCGUGGCCACGGAGCCCGGCCACCGCUUCGAGCUGGCGCUGGCGCUGGGCGAGCUGCGGCGCGCGCGCCAGCUGGCCGAGGAGCUGGCCGCGGCGGAGGGCGGCGCCGCGGGCGAGGCGGGCGCGGGCGGCGCCGCGGCGGCGCGCUGGGCCCGCCUGGGGGGCGCCGCGCUGGCCGCCGCCGACGUGCAGCUCGCCACCGACUGCUUCCGCAGCGCGCACGACUACAGCUCGCUGCUCAUGCUGGCCCUCAGCACCGGGUCGCGGGCGCUGGCGGGGGAGGUGGCGGCGGCGGCGGGCGCGGCGGGUGCGGACAACGUGUCGUUCGCGGCGCACUUCGCUCUGCACGGCUACGCGCGGUGUCUGGACAUCCUGCUGGCGGCCGAGCGCCACGCCGAGGCCGCAUUCUUCGCGCGGGCGUACGUGCCGUCGUGGCUGGAGGAGGCGGUGCAGAAGUGGCGCGAGGCGGGGAGAGACCGCGGCACCAAGACCUGGAAGCUGCUGGCGGACCCGCAGCGCUACUCCAACCUGUUCCCCGACUACCUGACCUCCCUGGAGCUGGAGUACUUCCAGCGACGGUUCCUGCGCGAGAUGAACUCGCCCGCCGCCCCGCUCGCCGCGCCGCCCGCCGCGCCGCUCGGCAACCGCGGCCGCCGCCUGGCGGAGGAGCGCGCCCGCAUGGAGGCGGAGGGCAAAUUCAAAAUGCCCGACUUCACUAAGCUAAGCCGGAGCGGGGUGGGGGGGGAGGAGCCCGCGCUGGAGAGGAAAAUAAGGGAGCGGCGGGAGUCCAUCGAGCUGGCGCAGGAACUGGACGAGUGCGAGCUCGACACCUUCCUGCUGGACGCGGAGGCGGAGGCGGAGGCGGAGGUGGACAGCGACAAAUACCUUCAGGAGGUCAGCGAUGUCAUUGGCGAAGAAGAUACGAAGAUACAGUAAUAUCUAAGUACCGGCACAUCUCUCACUGCUACAUCGUUGACGUAUUCGCUUUCUUGUUCUAAUUCAUAAUGAAUUCGAUGAGAAAUUACGUUCGCGACUGAACUAUAACCACUGAUAUGUGCCUUUAAAGAAUAUCUCUAGUUCUCUAUAUUCCUGAUUUAGUUUUUAAAUAUAAGUUAUUUUUAAAUAUUAUUUAUGUAUUUUCCAGAAUCACAACUUCCAUUACUUAUCGCUUUAAAUAUUACAAAUCACUUCUCCGUUGUGGCAUAAAUGCCGUUUGUUUAAUAUUUAAUAGGAAUACUACGAAUUUAAUUAUCUACCUAACUAAAAGGCCUAGUGAAAAGCCGAAAAGUUAUGUGUAUUGGUAAUUCCUAGUUGGAUUUUCCGGAAUUCGUGUUUUUACAGUAAUAUACAUGUUUAUCCUAACAAGUCAUCGAAUAAACAAGUAUGUAAGUAACCCAAAAAUCAAAUAAAAAACCAUUCCAGGAAUAUGUUUAUUCAAUAAAACAAUUUAAAUGUAAAAACAAAACCACUAGAGAUGUACAAUGU